GUCAAACCGAACGCGCGCGUAUACGUAGCCUCUCCGGUUGGUGGCGUGUCUCCCUGUUUCUUCAAACUUCUCCUACUCGGACCCAAACGUGUGCUUCAUUACGAUACAGGUCGUGUGUAAAAGCAAGUCUGGUGUAAAUAAAACGUGAUCUGAACACAAACUAAAAUCCAUUACAAAAAAAACCUAAUUGAAUUGAUUAACCAUUAACAAGUGUAAUCACAUGUGAAGUAAGAUUCAAACAAAAAACGAUAAAAAAUGUGUGAGUAGAUGUGCACAAAAAAAAAAAUCAAACACACCCGUACAUGAUGAUGUUCCAUAUGGAUGCAAUUUUCAGUAGUGAACGUUUCGAUCGAUCCAGCCAAUAUGAAGGCCGAAGUUUGGCUAGGUGCUGGGAUGUUAGUGUACAAAUAGUGCCCAUGCACCAAGUGUAAACCCUUCCCUGUGCCGUGCAGUUAAGAAGAAAGCUAAGAAAUUUCUUACCCUCGGUACCCCCCCCCCCCCUCCUUCCUCUCCCCUGUAUCCUCAUCUUGCCGGCCAUCGUACCCUUUCCGGAUAAUGCCAUUGCGAAAGUAUCGACUAGUCUCGUCCGUGAGCAAUAACGGCACCAGUAGCAGUAGCGCUAACACCUACAGUGGUAGUCCCAGCAGUGGCACGUUCACCCUCACGUCCACGAUAACGACCCUGGCGAGUGCGGCCGGUGGCGCCAGUCCGGCGUCCAUCGGACAACAUCACCAUCACCAUCAUCUUCACCAUCAGGCAGCGCAACAGCAGCCACACUUACAGCUACAAACGGCCAACGUGGCCGUUCUUCAAUCACGUCCACGACAGCAGACGCAGCAGCAACAGCAGCUAUCCAAUACCCAUCAUUACCAUCACCAUCAUCACCAUCAUCAUCACCAGCAACAGCAGCAACAGCAGCAACAGUUAUUACAGCAAGGAUCACUUACUACGGUACAGGGACAAACGCGACUAGCGACACAUUAUACUGCGCACCAGCAGCAACUUCAGCAUCAUACGCAACAGCAGCAGCAGCAACAAGAACAGCAUCAACAGGCGGUUACUCUUGGACCUCAUCAAACCCACCAUCACCAUCAGUCGGUACCGGUGCAAAUCCUUCAAACUGUACCGGCAGCGGCACCGCCCAUUGUAGACCCUUUGCCCCUCUGUCUGGAUGCUAACGGGACGUAUCUCUGCACGUCCUACAAUCCCCGCUGCUACAUCAUUCAAAAGCUCACUCCAACACCGGUCAGUUGCAUUACUUAUGAGGUGACACCUAUCGCUGCACCACUGGUAGCUCAACCCACAGUACUGACCGCAUCCAAUCUAUCAGCACCGUCGGUGGUGGCCACUGCUGGACCAUCCGUUCAAACGAUUGCUAGCGUUGAUGAACUACUUACCUACAACAAAGCUACUGCUAUACCACUAGUAGCUACAGUUGGUAGCUCCGGUCUGGAACUAACGGCUUUAGCGCCUGAUCCCAGCAACAGUGGUGCUGGUAGUAGUAGUAACCAGCAUCACCACUAUACCAUCGGAAGUGAGGAAGAAGCUUCAGCAUCAGUAGCUGAAACUGGUAGCUUACUAUCGAUAGUGAACCGAAUCGAAGGGAAUCGUAGCGUUGCGAAAUGCAAUAGCAGCCAUGGACAGGAUUCGGGAUAUGUGAACACAAAGGUGAAAAAAGACCCGACUAAUGCUGUUAGCAGAAGGGUGUGUGCAGUUAUUCACACUCCAAACGAUAACCAGACUGUUUCUAGGUGUGAUACUGGAUCUGUGAGUGCCAUCGGAAUAAAUGCUGGUAGUGAACUACUUAGCACCACAGAAGCGAUCAGAACGGGUGCGGAUUUAAGUGCAAACGCGAGUGCAAAAACCAGCAGUGAUAACGGUAGUAAUAGUUUUAAUCAUAGUGGAAGUGUACUAUCUUGUGCCAAUACAAUCUCGGAUCAGCAGCAUCAGUUAGCCGGUGAUGACAGUGCUCAUCGUAUCAGCAAUUCGCUAAUGACAAAAGUACAACGGAUCGUACAAACGGCUGGCACGGGCGGAUCAAUCACUUCUACAAGUGGACGUCUUGAAGGCUUCGUGCUGAUGAAUGGUGGUGACAACACAACAGGCAAACUGUCCGCAAACGUUUCGAGCGCGAUUUAUUCAGCUCCCGGUGUGGGAGCGGUCGCCGCUACAGCAACCACACCGACAACGGCAAGCACAAUCAUAACCAGCGGAAUGUCCAGUAUGACGAUCGUAUCCCAGCAGCAGCAACAAACACCACCAGCGACGGUGGAUUACAGCACCCUGAACGGAACCGGAACCACCUCGGUCGGUGUUGCGAAUGAAGCUCCUUCGGCAGCCGCCACACCGGAGUACUACGCCGAAGGAACCACACCGACAGCUGGCAAUGCGACGACGCCAGUUACCAAUGCUGCAGCAGUAGCCACGGCAAACACUAGUAAUAAUAGUUAUAGCACUCCUGCCCUCGUCAGUAGCCAUCCGCCGAGCAGCAACAAUAAUGGCGCCAGUAACAAUACGCAAUCAGCGAUGGUUGACGGUGGUAGUGCGAUAGUCACGACCACCCCAAUCAACGCCAUCGACGCCGGUAAGGUGAUGUGGGACGGCGGGAUGGUGCCACCGGUUCACAACAGCAGUGCCGGUGGCGGUAACAUUGUUUCCAGUGAUAACAACAAUCCCCUAGAGAUGCCUUUAGAUCAGCUGAAGCAACUGCUGCAAACACAGCUUGAUUAUUAUUUUUCGCGAGAAAAUCUUGCGAACGACACAUAUCUCCUGACACAAAUGGACAACGAUCAGUACGUGCCAAUCUGGACCAUUGCGAACUUCAAUCAAGUGAAGAAGCUUACCAAGGACAUUAAACUGAUAACGGAGGUGCUGCGGGCAUCGCCGAACGUACAGGUAGACGAGGAAGGCCUAAAGGUGCGCCCGAACCAUAAACGGUGUAUCGUGAUAUUACGUGAAAUAUCGGACAACACGCCGGUCGAGGACGUUAAGAACAUUUUCCAAGGCGAAAAUUGUCCGCGCUUUAUUUCGUGUGAAUUUGCCCACAACAACUCAUGGUACGUUACGUUCGAAUCGGACGAAGACGCCCAGCGAGCGUACCGAUAUUUACGCGAGGACGUGAAAGAAUUUCAGGGGAAGCAAAUCAUGGCACGAAUAAAGGCCAAACCAAUGAACCGGUUACCGAUCACCCCGGUAGGCGGUGUACCAAUGAAAAACGGACUGAACGGUUUCAGGACGACGCCGCCGCCGGGUACGGCUGUACCGCCAGCAAACGUGGGUGGUGUCAUUCAACCGACUGCAGCUUCGGCAGCGGCGGCAGCUGCGGCCGCUGCAGCGGCUGCUGGUGUUUCAACGGCAACCUACGAUCCGGUAGGAACAGCAACAGUGAAUGCAUUAGCUGCGUACUCCAGCACCCAGCGAUACAUACUGCAGCACAAUGCACCGCUGCAGCAGGGUUACAAUACUGCGGUUCAUAUGUUUCCAUUCCAGCAACCGCCAUUGUACAGCGGAUUUAUGCCAUCGUGGCAGCCCGCCCAGGGCAAUUACUUUGAGAUGAGCCCGUACAUGACCAAUGGAAUGCAGCCGGUGACGGUGUAUUCAACCGGCGGAAGCACAACGGCUAGUGGUGGAAGUGGUGCGGCCGGUGGCGGUAAACAGCAGAACGGCAGGUACGGUGGUGUGCCGGGUGGUGGUGGUAGUGGCGGUGGCCACCGUCAAAAUCCUCGCAGCAAACGCCAAUCACAGCAGCAGCAACAGCACGGAGGCCUUGCCAAUAACGAUGGUCAAUCGGUAACAACGAACAAUAGUGUCACCGGUUCAACCGGUGGUAUGCAUCGGCAACAGUCGAGCUACCAGACGCAAAGCGCAGGUAGUGCCGGUGUUUCCACGUCUGCCGGUGUGCAGUCUCAGGUAGCCACUACCUAUCAGGCAUCUGCGGCGGCGGCGGCGGCGGCGGCUGGGGGAGGGGGUGGUAAAAGUGCUGGUCUGCUCGGUGGUAAACCUUCCACGGCUGGUACGACGGCGGGCAUGACGGCAAUACCGGCCAUUGGUGGCAAUACGGUAUACGUUCCCCAGUAUCCGCACUACGUCGCUGCACCGCUGCAACAUCAGCAGCAGCAACAACUCUACAGCGGCCAACAUCAACAGCAGUCCGAUGGUGGAGCGAUGGAGCAAAUUGUGCGGGAUAUGCAGCGACAGCAUUUGUACGAUGAAGACGGUACACCCGUCGGUGCCAACACAGUACUGGUGUUGCCAACCUAUGCUGCAACCGGUGGCGGUGGUACCGGUGGAAGCGGUGCUGGUGGUGGUGGAGGUGGUCGCAAAAAUUCCAACACCAACGCCACGAAUGCUACCAUCAUGUCAAUCGAGAGUACCCAGCAACAGCAGCAGCAGCAGCAGCAGCAGCAACAACAACAAUCGUGGGUACCGAAUCAACCGCGACGGAAUCCUCGCCGAAGGAAGGACGAGAUGAUGAUGUCAGGGGAUGGUGGCAACAACAGUGGUGUUGCGAACGUUGCCGGCAUGUACGGUACUGGUGGCGGGGGUAACAUGCGUCACAAUACGGCCUAUAGUAGCAGCAGCAGCAGCAACAAUAAUAACGGUAGCAGCAACAACGGUGCAGCCAAUGUGAAUAAUACCAGUAGCAAUAAGGUUAUCAUGCAUACAACUAGUCUGAACCAAUUGACGCCUUCCACUGGCGGUGGGGGCGGAGGUAAUGGUGGCGGUAAAUACCAGGGCCGCGGGGGUGGUGGACGCGGCAGUGAUAAUAAUGGAUAUGUCGGUGGCAUGAUGGUACCAGAUCAUCACGGUGGUGGUGGAUACCAUUCGCAAGCGCAUAACAACGCAACCCAUCAUCAAAGUCGGAAUGCGGCAGGUGCGACCGCAACACCAACCGGUGGUUUACUCGAUUCCAGUUCUUCCUUUCAGCAACAGCAUGGUGCUGGUAGCGCAGGAGGAGGAGGAGCUCAAAAUCAGCAAUUGGGUCAGCAACAAUUGCAACAAAUGGAGGAUAUGAUGCAUCAUCGGCAGCAGCAGCAGCAGCAGCACCAACAGUAUCACCAGCAUCAAAUGAAUCAACAAACUCACCUAAGCCAUCACCAACAACAGCUGCAAACGCACCACCCAUCGUCCGCUGGUGCGAGCAAUCAUCAAACGCAGCACAACAAUAACAGCAACAACCACGGCCAUCAUAAUCAGCAGGGAGCGGGUAAAUCGCAGUCCCAGCAUCACCAGCAGCAGCAACACCAUGUGUUGCAGCAAUCUGCUCAUCAAGUACACACGCAGCAACAAUCCCAGGGCACUACUGCUUCGCAACAUCCUCACCAUUACCAGCAGCAGCAGCAACAAAAUCAGCAUCAUCAACAAACCGUGGGUGGUGCAGGAGGAUCGACAAACGUUGGUAGUGGCAAUGGUAACAGUGGCAACAGUUCAGCCACCAGUUCCAACAACACCAACGCCUCUAACACUUCCCACACCAGCAGUACCAGUGUUCAGUUCGAUCUCGAACCAGCGGCAUUUCCGCCUCUUCCCGGUCACGAAGGAAGAAGCAUUAUCUCUACCGGUACGUCCACAAGUGGUAGUGGUGGUACUGUCGGAAACAAUACCACUGCAGGUAUAGGACGUUCAGGUACCAAGGGAGGAAGUGGAGGAGGAGGAGGCGGAAAUGCUUCCUCCUCGACACACAGCCAAACGGCACAUCACCAGUCUGGCGGUGGUGCAAUCGCAAGUAAUGCUUCCGGUGGAAGUUCCAGUGCCAGUUCCUCAUCUACCGCCGCAGCUCAUCGGUGUGAUGGGCAGACGGAAGGAGGACACACAUCUAACAUUGCCGUAACCGGUGCGGGUACCGUGGUUUCCAGUGGUGGUGUGCCAUUAGCUACCGGUGCACCGCCACCACCGCCAGUCGUAUCGGCCUGGGGUGAAAAUCAUCGGUUAGCGGACGUUGUCAAGGGUACGGCGAAGGGUGUCCGGCCGCCGGGUGCUGCAACGGUGGCGGCAAUCGUGGCCGGAACAGCCACUGUACCGGUUGUUUCCGCGAACAGUAGCAGCAGUAGCAGCAACGAGCUUAGCCUCGGUAGGAAUAGUACGGUCGAGGCGAAAUCAAACGAAUCCGGUCCAACGAAUGGCGCUUCUGGUGCGUCGGCAAAUACUAGUAAUCAGCAUCAAAAUAAUCAUCUACCUGUGAUAAAGGGCAGCACGAAUGUCUCAACGAACGGUGGCAGUCAAACUGCAACCUUGUCCGCCUCCUCCUCUUCCACAUCCUCUGCGACACCAUCGGUUGCCAAUACUUCUGUGCCGACUGCUACUAAUACCGUCGCCGCCGCUGCUACUACUACCGCAGAUAAAUCUACAAAGACUGACGUAUCGUUGUUGCAAAUGGCGGCACCCGUUAGUACUGCGUCAACGACGACUCGGGCAAUUUCCACUACUACGCUAGAUAACGCUACUAGCGGAUCGUCCUCCGCCUCGGUGGUAAAGGGAGAAUCAAUGACUGCUCCCGCACCACCCACGACGGCCAAUGCGGCCACGAUGACAUCGACUGAUUUCACUACCAAAUCCUCCUCCGCCUCCGUUGCGUCGCCCGCAACGGUGGCUUCGUCGAGAAAAUCGACCUCAACUGCUGCCACCAAUACCGUUCAGCAACAGCAAGCGCCCAACGCUGGCGGAAAAUCGUCCAACACCACGGUACCACCUCCACCACCGCCGACAUUUUCACUGCAAAACCACCCGCCGUUAGUUCCGCACGAUAGUGGUACGAGCGGCAGCGCUAGUACGGCCACUGUUGUGGUGGCCCCUCAGGUACGGCUAAGCUAUGCCCAGGUAGCGCAGCAUCUGGCCGAACAAAGCAAGGACAAGGAACAGCAGCAGCAGCAGCAGCACGCUGCUGCUCUUUCGUCCCAUAGUCAUGGUAGCGAUAAGGCGACUGUCCCUGCAAUGGGCAACACUAGCAGCACACCCACCGCAUCAGUAUCAGGUGGAGCGGAGAAAGAGAACAGUAGUAGUGGGGGAGUUGUCGGUAGUUCUGUGUCGGCUACAGAAAGUAAUGUUUCGUCGGUUGCAGUGGGUACGACAGGAGCAGGCUCAUCUUCCACCGGUGCUACCGUUACGCACGGUACCACCAGUGGUGGUGCGGCUAGCGCAACAGGACCGGCGAGUAACAACUCCGGAGGAUUUAUAGGAGUUGGAAGCAAGCGAAAGGAUUCAGGAUCCAGAGGCUCGGGUACGGGCGCAACAGCGCAACACCAUCACGGCGAUGGCUUUCGAGAACAACGAGAUACGCGCUACAAUCAACAACACGGUGCGGGUGGAAACACCCAUGCACGCAACUCCAAAGAUUACCGUCAGUCUUCCGGUGGUGGCGGCCACACCAACGCCGUCGGAUCUUCCCUCCAUGCUGCCGGUGGGCUAAGAAAUGCCACUGCAGAACAAAACAAUAACAAUCACGCGCAGCAUCACCAAGGUGGUGGUGGCGGUCGAAAUGCCGGAAGUUCGAGCAACAACAAUAAUACCGGUGGAGGAGGUACAGCAAAGUCGCUUUCUGCUGGUGGAGGUGGCGGUGGUGGUGGUGCGCGAGCGGUACGCUCGCAUCAGCUUAAGGACUAUCAGCCGCACCAGCAAACCCACCAGACACACCCGCGCAGUCCCAAAUGAUGGCGCUUAAUAUGGAUCUAAAAUGUGCGUGGCACCGAACAAAUUCCUCUCACUCAACACAACGCAGAGUGAUGAUGUGUGGACAGUAUCAUGCAUCAUCAUUGCAAGAGCUUCAUUAUGGUACAGUUUUUGGGAGUAUUGUUUGACUCGAUUCGGUUUUUUGGUAUGAAAAUCGUAGGUCUUUAGCGAAAGUAGCGAUAUGGCGUGUGGUGUAUGUGUGUAUAUUGCAGGGCUCUAUAAUGCACUUAUCACGUUGGGAAAGCAGAACCCGCGGAGGACGUAGUGAGAUCGCUUUUCUUUAGCGAUAAUAUGCGUUUUUCAUCACAGGUAAGAGUAAAUCAUGGUUUCAUGAUUUCUCGCUUGCUUUUUUACGACUAAUUCCGAAUGCAAUUCUAAAAGAGGAAUUACAACAUGAUUUUCUAGCAAACAAAAUUUGUGAAAAGAAUUGCUUCAUGAAAUGAAUAUGUGAUUGUAAGCUAUGUGUAACUUUGAUCUAAUUGAACGUUGUACAUAAAUGUUCCCACAAUCCCAUUGACAGCUCUUUUGAUUUCGGGACUGUUACUUUCGGUGUAGCGUAACUACGCUGCAGUAGAAGAAUGAAAUAGACAAAACCACGCACGGUAAUCAAUUAAAAUAAUGCUCAGGAUGUUCUACGAGAAUAGUAAACGAAAAAAAACAUUAUUCGAAUCUCAAAGUAAAGAAAAAUCACAUUAAUUCGUGGUACAUAAUUGAAUUAUGCAAAGUUGUCAAUAUAACUUUAUAAUGAUGUUUUGGAAGCAAUGGUUGUAACUCCGUCUUGUUUGAAAACCUGUUCUUUCCUUCAUCGGUGUUUUCAUUGGUUCUAAACCCAACGGUUCUGCUUGUCCGUUAGGUUAUUUUGUUGUUAGCAGCCCAGUAUCCAGGGGGCCCUGUGGAUGAGUGUUAACGUUAUGUUAAAAGCUCUCUGUUAUACCCUUGUGCACCAUUUAAUAUUCGAUCUGUGGUAUGGUUUACUUUAAAAAUAGUAAACCAACCCUUGCAAUAUACACAAAUACCAAAACCAUACAACCAUUAACCCAUACGAACAAAGGGUAUCAGUUCAAUUAUAAGGGAAAGUGAGAGAAGGAGAUAAAGAAAGAAAGGGAGAGAAAGAAAGAGAGAGAGAGAGAGAGAGAGAGAGAGAGAGUUGUCCAGUAGGUUGUCCAUUUGUUUUAUUGUUUAUUUUUGUUUGCAUCAUUUCUAUGUACGUGUGUGCGUAUAUGCUUGGGUGUCAACAUAAUGUUUAUAUCAAAGCAUGCAAAGAAUAAAGCGAAAGAAUAGCGCAUUAGCACUAUUAUGUCCAUGAUAAGAAAAAGAUAACUGCGCUUAUUUCGGCAAAAUGUUUGAUCUGGUUAGUCUCUUUCGGGAAACAGCGCUGAACUUCAAAAGACAGGGAACACACACACACGUAUAUAAAUGGAAAUAUUUGUUUUUUUAAAGCUAUUAAUAUUAUUAUUAUUAUUACUAUUAUUAUUAUUUGUUUCUACAGAGUUACGUUACGUUUUUUUGAUUCCUCUCUGCAAUUAUGCGCGAUAUAGAGAUGGGAAGUGGAGACACUCGAUUAUCCGCUUUGCAACUUAUCAUUAUUGACUUUAUUAAUUAAUACUAUUAUUCUUAUUGCUAUUCUUAAAACGAUAUGAUUGGUAUAACAUUUAAACUUAUUGAUACCAUUGUAUUGCAGUUCGUUGUUAAUUUGUUGAUAAUCGAUAGUGUGAUGGGUACAUAAGGGAAAAAGGGAAAGCAUGCGUUAAGGAAACGAGGGAGGACGGGAAGGAAUUGUUUGCACACACACAUACACACAGAGCAAAAAAAAACAACUGAAAGUGAAUGUGAAGUAUGGUGUGUGGACAUGAGAGAUAGGAAAAGCAAAACACAAAAACGAGCGCAAAGUGUUCCAAAACAAAACAGAAAACCAACAAAACAAACAAAAAAAACUGUUACUAAAAAGCUGUGUGUUUUAUAGUGUUAAUGUUGCGCUAUACAGAGUAAAAAAAUGGAUGCAAAGAAGAUGAUGCACACUCAAUCCAGACACGCAAUGCAUAUAAAUAUAUAUAUAUUCUCUGUUCGUUAUACCUGUAUAUAAACAAAACAAAAGAAUUGCGGUGCACAUAUGUUUGCUCCCGUUCAGUUGCCCGGUCUAAACCAAGUGCACUAGUUAAUAGGAGAAUCCUGGAUUUAGUUUAUAAGUAAACUCUUGUGUAAGCUCGGUUUAGUGGAUAGUUUAAGGUGUGCGUCGAAAUGAAGUUGCCUGAGUUUGAUGGAGAGGAACACACUAAGACCAGCAUAGGAAAACAGAAGAGGGGAUAGGGUUUAAGCAAGCUACUGCCGUCAAUAUUGCUAACACACAAAAUAGACAAACACACACACACACAAACAGAGACAUAGACACCUGUUAGUGAAAGUUGAAGUGAAAUAGUUCAUAGAUUGAGCAGUAAAAAAGUACGGCGAUGAGGAAGUAGUGAAUAAACUAAGCUAGUGAUCCAUCCGCAGCUGAAGAAUAAGAGAACGCUGUUAAUACAAAAACUUACUUUUGCUAUUGAAAACAGAGAAAAGGUAAAAAAAUCCCCAUUCCUAUCUUUGGAGAGAGAGAGAGA